CUUUGAGGGGAGUGCGCCUUUGAGGGAAGCACGCCUGUCCCGCGUUCCGCGGAUCCCGGGACGGACCUGGCGCUGGGGGGGUGGGGGCUGCUGACCUUCGGCCUGAACCCCUGACCCUCGGCCUGAGUCCGUGACAGCCGCUCGCUGCCACCCGGACGCGGCUGGGAGAUGCAUCUUCGCGCAGGAGGGAAGCAAAUGGAUCCUCUGCCCAACCCAGCGCCCCUGGCCUCAAAGCUACGGAACACGCUGCUUCGGUACCACAGCAUCGGAGCCGGCGAGUGGCGGGCGGCGAAGAAAACCAAAGAUGCAACUGUGUGGCGUAAACCAUCAGAGGAAUUCAGUGGAUACCUCUACAAAGCUCAAGGAGUGGUGGAAGAUGUUGUUAACAGAAUAGUGGAUCAUAUUCGCCCUGGACCUUACAGGUUGGACUGGGACAGCCUAAUGACUUCGAUGGACAUCAUGGAAACGUUUGAAGAGAACUGCUGUGUGAUGCGCUAUACAACUGCUGGCCAGCUCUGGAACAUCAUAGCACCAAGGGAGUUUGUUGAUUUCUCUUACACUACAAGCUAUGAAGAUGGGCUUCUAACAUGUGGUAUAAGCCUGGACUAUGGGGAGGUGAGACCAAACUUUGUCCGUGGAUUCAAUCACCCUUGCGGUUGGUUCUGUGUCCCUCUCAAAGACUCUCCUGGUCACAGUCUUUUGACAGGCUACAUCCAGACUGAGCUGCGAGGGAUGCUACCACAGUCUGCAGUAGACACUGCUAUGUCUAGUACCCUCACCAAUUUCUACUCUGACCUCAAAAAGGCACUCAAAACGUAGACAGUGACUUCAAAACCUGUGCAUUCCUUGCAAUUAGAUUAUGUUAUUUAGCUUAAAAUAGGUUACCUACUAAAUUGAGGUAACACUCCUCCUGAAUGACAGCUGACCUUUGUGUUGAGGAUCCAAAUAACUUCAGCAAGUGCUUUUUGAUGUGAUAAUUGACAUACAUUCCCAGUGCACAGUGCGAGAUGCUUUUUGCUGCUCAGCACUCUGCAGCUUUUAUGAGGAACAGCCUGAAUCUUGAAACCCUCAGCUUCCUCAGAAAGCACAAGAUGUGCGUGUUGGGGCUUGAAAAAUGCAGCAUGAGCUCAGCUCUCUGCAGCAGUUUUGGGAGCCAGGUGCUCAUGAUUUUGAUGGUGCAGGUUGCUGUACAGGCAGCAUUUCAGUGAAGAUGUAAUGUUGUUAUAUAUAUUAUAUAUAUAUUUAUAUUUACUUAAAUCUUUUUAUUUUCUUUGAAGUUUGUUCAGAUGCUUCUGUAAUUUGUUUUUAAAAUUUGUUUUGAUUUAUCAUAUGGAUAUUAUAUGGAUAAGUUGUUAAAUGAUCCAAUUCAUAAGAAAGCUAUCCAUACUUGAGAGCAAAAGUAAGUGUUCAUUAUUGGCAUUUCUUUGGUGUUGUAAUUUAUUUGCUGUUGUAUAUAACAGUCUCAAUGCAUAAACAAAUGCCCUUACAGCUGAUCCAAAGCUCAUUUAGGUCAUCAGGUCUUUCCAUAGGAUUUUUGUGGGCUUUUAAUCACACAGUUGUCAAAAUAGCAAACCUACAGUGGAUCUUCCGUGAUACCCUGUACUUCUAAAUUUUUUUAAAUUUAAAUUUGCAUGUAAUCGUGUGUGUGUGGGGGUGCAUUUGUUUGGGUUUUGGGAGGGUUAUCUUUCUGCAUAUGUUUCUUUAACUGCAAACCAUGGAAUUGCAAAAGCAACAGAAAGAGCCACUCGUUUGCUUCAGAAAUAGAUGUUACUGUAGCCACAACAGCACAGACUUGCCAGUGUUCUGUUGCUGUGGCGUGUCCUGUGGUACUGCCCCUAGACUGAGAGAUUGAUCUUUGCAAUAAAUUAACAUCUCAAAACAUGAGCAACUGAAGGCCAAAGCUCAAGCUGCAGAAUUGCUCAGAUCUUCUGAAGGAUACAGGGGCUUUUUUUAAAGUGCAUAUUUCAAGGAUAUUCAGCAAUCUAGUGAUUCUGACAGAUACAUAGCAGGGACAUUUAAAAAAAUAACUCUCUCUGUGCUAGGAACAUGAAUUCUCUUUAAAAUCUGAUGUUAAGCCUUUAAUGUUGAUAUGUGUCAUUUGCUGAGGUGACAUUUUAGUUAUCCCUAUGCUUUGCCAGUGCUCAUAGUGACAAGUCUAACUGUGUAGGAGUUGAGGAAAGUAUCUUGGAUGCCUGGUAUUGUUGUACACAUGCACACAUGUACACAUGAGCCAGUUGUACACAUGCAAUCCAGGGACAGGUAAUGGACUCAGAAAAACAAAAAUUCAAAUGGAAGUCCCUUGUAAUAUUGGCUUUUUUGACACUGGCUACUGUAGCUGAUCUCUGAAUAGCGAGGGCUUUCUCAUUUCUUGAUUGUAGAGGUAGGAAAAAACAAUACCAAAUAUAGUGGGGGCAUUUUCAACCUGCUUCCUGUUUUAAGGUAUUUAGUACUGUUUGAGACUGUGAAGAACAAUGCAUCAAACAGCUGUUGGUGUCUUCAUGGGUGAAAAAUGUUAACUCCUUGUUAGGUUUUGUGUGUUCUGCAUUUCCCUUUAAAUCCCUUGGUUAGUCUUCCUUUUUUUUUUUUUCCCUACCUUCCUCGUGUCUGCCAAAGUACUGCAAGAUCACGAGGUGAUCUUCUACCACCAAGGACACCAAGGAAUUGCUGCCAAAAUACUCUCUUUUCUAGUACUGGUACAGAGGCAAUUAUGAAAUCUCUGGCAGUGCUGCUCUGUGGGAUAAAUGAUGACAUGAUUGUAGAGGAAACUGUUUGAAGUGUAGCCUAUUUUUUCUUCCUAGUUACAAAGAUUACAUGUGCAGUGAAUUUGCAUAUUCAUGUCUUCUCUUUUUAGAGCUGCUGGGCCUGACUAAUGGAGGGGUUGUGGUACAGAUGUAUGUAGAGAAAAAUAAUUGCCUCUGUGUGAAAAGCCCAGUUUAAAUCUGCGCAGAGGCACUUCAGUGGCAGAGAAAUGGGUCAGAAAGAGCACAGGACACUUACAGGAGGGUGUUUGUACAGCACCAGGCACUGCAGAAGUAAUUUUUCCAAACACCCAUUUUAAGGGUUCUGACACAUAUACAGUAUCUAUCCUUACUUAGUAUUCAGUGAAAUGGCUUUUUCUGCUUUCAGUAAAGACAAGUUGAUGAAGCAUAGAGCAGCUGAGGAAAGAACUUGAUCUAAAGUAAGAAAAUUGCUAGUGUAUUUUUCUAUAUUGAUACUUGUAAUAAGAAUAUCCAUUAUACACCAAUACAGAACUAGAAGAAAGAUGUCCAAUUUCAAAUGUAUUUAUUUGAAGCUGAAAUUUAUAUUAUUUUUAUAUAGCUAUAGAUGGAGAGGGAAGAAGAGCUGUUCUUUAACCAGAGUACAUCAGAACCAAGAAAGCCACAAAAUCGGAGCCUCUUCUCCCACUGUUUCAUUGUUCUCCUCCUCAGUUAGUGGACAAUCUAGGUGGAGCCAGGAGGAUUAAAACAGUAAAGCAGUGGCAAGAACAAAGUGUAGGAACCUGUGUUUUGCUUAUGCAGAAAAAAUGAGAGACAAUGUAUAGUACAGAUUUCUAUCACUUAGGAAUAUAAUUAUGCAGAAGUGACUUCUGAACAGAUUGCCCAAUAAUAGCAGAGAUCUGCUUUUGCUGGACAAAUAGCAUGUGUAUAGACACAUCAAAAUUAUUUUUAUAUUACUUAUUAUAUUAUUAUUUUUAAACUUACUUUUUUUAGAGGUUUGGGCAAUAUGACAUUUUACUCUUUGGCACUUCAACCAGGUGCUUUGUAUACGUGUGGGAAAGGUGAUUGAAGGUAAGACAGUUUUCAUGUUUGGGUUCUGUUCCUCAUCUAAAACCUCCAGCAUUAAACCUGCCUGUAGAUGUGCAGAAGAUGCAGAGAUAGGAUUAAGGUCAGUUUAGAGCCAGAAGAAGUACUUUACCACAGCUGUCUGGGAGGUCGAUCAGUACUUCUGAGAGAUACUCUGUGCACAGUGCCUGAUCUCAAACUGGAUGAAUAUAUAAAUGUGAAACAUAAUGAACUUACAAAACACAGAGCAUAUAAUUUCUUCAGUAAUCAUAAGUAACCAGAACAGUUUUGAUCGUGUGACCAAGUGGUUCAACCUUGGAGGUUCCCCGCUGUAAAAAUAGCCCUAAUUCUAGUGAAACCAAUCAAGUUGUGCCUGUGUGUGGAAAGUCAUAGUCUGUUUUAACAGUGACCUUAAAUAACUGUGUUCAGCAUUUAAGUGAUUGUGUUUGUAUUUUGAAUGCUACUGCAGAAUAAAUUAAAAUAAUGGAUUCCAACA